UUCUUUGUUUCACCCUAUAAGACCCGACUUGACUUGAUAGAAUUUGGAAGAGAUGCUGAAUACGUGUCAGAUUUAAAGUUUUCUCAGAAAAGAUCCGGAAGACAGCAACUGGUUCAACAGCUGAUUGGCCACAUGUCUGAUGAACUUGACAACAUAACUAAUCUAGAGAAAGGACUGAAAAAGGCUUUCGAUGCACAUGAGGAGUACGAUACACUACAGAUUACCAAAAAUGAUCGAACCGGUGCUAAAAACAUUGUUGUUGUCUUUACGGACGGUAAAACACACAACCAGUCAGCAAUGUCAUCUCUGCAGAAGGUAAAACAUCAUUUUAUUGCAAUCUUUGCUCUCAUAAUUUUUAUUAAGAUAAAUUUCUCUUGACCUGCGAGUGAAAAUCAAGUAAAGCAAUGAUCCUAGCCAGUGGAAUUCAAUUUUAAACAAUUGCAGAAAGGCAAUCUAAAAAAAAAAAGAAAAAAUUUAAAAAAGAAUUCAGGCUUUGAGGGUAUUCCAACCCGUGCCUACUAAAUACUAGUUGGGCGUAACUUAGUUUAUAUGUUACAAGCACGGAGUGGAAAGUCGCUGGUUGAGUUUGAAUCACCCUAUAAGGAUAUGAACCCGCGUACCGCCGAGUUCAACUUCGCGUUGAUUUAAGCAUGCGCAGUGAGUAAGAUGCCCAGAAUUUGAGAAGUGGAACUACAGAGACCAUUUUCUCUCUCUGAGAAGGAAACGUCACAGUCUGAUACUCAGACGGUCCAGGUUGAUUGCGGCCACACACUCUAUCCCCUUCCCCGACGGAGACCGUCUGAGAAUCAGGUUAGCAACGUCGGAACAUUAUUUUAUUGAUUUUACAAAGUUUACUUUGAAAAUUUAAUAAUUACAGUGUAUCUUUGGGCAUUCACCCAUCACACAGAAAUUUCCUUUAUCCCAUGUCUUCAUUAGAAGCAGCAUUAACAAUUUUCGCUCAUUUGUGAAGAAUUUUACUUCAUUUCACCUUCCUCUUUUAGCUGAAUUAUUUUUGUUGUGGCUGCAAUGAACGCACGAAAAUAAAUAAAAUCCGAAAUAAUUUGAUUGCGAGAUCGGAGAAGAGGAGAGGAGAGAAUUAUUGAAAAAGACAAGGCAAAUGUCCGAACAGUUUUGUCCUUUUUUUUCUUGCUUUUGAACUAAAUUUCACCAUUUUUUCUUCCGUUUAGCCCUCGAGUGUGAUAGUGAUCGCUGUGGCCCUGGGACUGAAAAUAUUCCCUGAUGUACUCCAUCAGAUAGCUGAUGACGUCAUUUAUUGGACUAAAGAGGAUGGAAGUGAAAGACAGGAAAGCGAAGUUUUACAAGAAAUAAUGGCAAAUUUUGAUUUCAAGCCAUGCGGUAAAGAACUCGGCUUAUAA